AUGGCUUCCCACAACCAUCACGUAUCACACUCAUGCCAACCGCCGCCAUUAGGCCUCGACGGUGCCAUGCCCUGGCCAGGCCCCAUCUACAGACAACCGGCCACCUGUCCCCAGUCGCCGGCCCAGCCCACUCAUACCAGAAAGGCAGCGUCGGUGAAAAGUUCGGGAUCGUCUAUCAGCCGUGGUCGGAAGAACAUCGCUGCCUCGGUUAAAGAAUUCUUUCACGGUUUGAGGCCGAGCAACUGUCCCGAACAAGGUUUCACGCUCCGGCAUCAUGAGCAUGAUCAUGGGUAUCCGACGAUUGAUGAGAUCUUGACGGGGGAGCGAAACACUUCGACUGCUAUGCAGCCGCGUACCAUCAAUGCUCAGAGAUUCACCACACCCAGGCGGAAGAGUGUAGAUUCUGAUCCUGGUGAGGCCGAAACUCGGCAUCACAACUCGAGUACACCUGAUACAAUUGUGUCUGAAGCUUGGAAUAUUCCCAUGUUACUUCCUCGAAGAGAUUCGAAUAUCAGUGGCAAGUCGAGGGUUAAAGCAACCCAUAUCCCGGCUAGGAAGAUCACAUCGAGGUUGGAUACGAAAUCGGAUGACGGCCCUAAGGCCACUCAUUAUCGUGGCGACAACCAAAUUUCAUCACUCGAUGGGACUUGGGCCAACAUGGGGGAACGCCGAACGAAAAGCGGAAAUGUCCCUACCUUUUCCAUGCCAUCGCGGAAACCAGUGCCAACCCAAACCGGCAGUUAUCUUCCCAUAUCGUCUCAAGCUCCUCAUGUAAGCACUGCUGAUUCCCACAACGUUAUGUCAUCGGCCGUGCCGGGCUAUAACAGAGCUCGCUCACUGUUCUUGGAAAAGCAAGAAGCCCGGCGCCAGCGCCGCAUUCUGAGAGAAGCCGGUGACUACCUCGGCGUGACAGGGGCGAACCCUUACACAGGAAUGUUGGACAAUAUCACGCCCAGAACGAGUAUAGACAUGACGGAGUUUCGUCACGGUUUUCCCCAAUCAUCCCCCAAGGGAUCGCCACGGGGUGAAGAAAAGGGGCGCGGUACUAGGAAACGGACGGGUCCUCGGCAGCCGUCAAAACUCAGCAAAGAAUCGGAACAAUGGUCAUCUGCAGCUUCACCAAACCUUAGCCCAAUCGUUCAAAGCCAGAGCCCAAGCAACAAGAGUGUAGAACCUGCUCAAACGGGGGAGGAUGGAGACAAUGGCGGUUAUGGUACCGUCAGGAAGAAGCCUCGCUUCAGCGACCUCAUUCCCGUCCAACACGAAAUCUCUCAGGUUACGUUUCCAUCCACUGAUUCCCCGGAGACUGGGCCCUGGUCCGAUGGACACCGGUUUCGUCCCGGGCCCGACUGGGAUAAAGAAGCCCUUCUCCAGGAUCCCAGUGCCAGAUCGCUGCCCAGUCUCGCGCAAGAUGUUGCCAGGAACCCCUAUGGCGCCCGUCCCCAACAGCGGCGAGGUCACUUACCCACAUUUGGACCUCACGAACCUGAACCCAGCCUGCCAAUGGGCAAAUAUGCUGAUCGAGGAUCUGAGUGGCCUGGAGCGCAGUAUCCGGGACAGCACCAGAGAAGCCAAGGCAUGGGCGAGUUCCAUAGCCCAGGACAUCAGUGGGUUGGGGCAGGCGCUCCACCUUCCACAACCCCAAUCUGCUUGCACACCCAUCAUCACCAUUACUGGCUGCGAGUCCAGUCCUCGCCGUCAGCUCCCCUCCGUCAUAAAGGAAAUCUGCCCCAAAGGACCCGAAGCCAAGGCCCCUCAAAAGGCAAGAAAGACGUCGGGAAAGAAAGCAGUCAAGACGAUUCAGAAGACGUCAGAAUCCGUAACCGUAUCGUCGUCACACCAGACAUCGUCCCUGUCGCCGAGCGCCGUACCCAAGAACGGCUGUUCGACGCCGCUGGAUUCCCCUCCCAGCAUGCAACCGAACGUAUCGCCGAAACUCGCAAGACCAGAUCUCCAUCAUCACCACAGCUGGACUGCAUCACUGACCGCGGACCGGGUUGCAGAGAUGGCAGCAGAAGAUCUGGCACGUGCUUCCCAGGACGAGUUGCCAAAAGCAGCCAGCGUUACUACAUCGUCAACCCAAGAGACAAUGCGCACGGAGGACUAGGCGAAAACCUCCGGGCGCGUGUCGACGCCUCGUCCUCAGGAACAGCCGGGCUGGGAGAUGCGCAAGACGAUGAGAAAGGAAGCGGAAAUCCAAGACCCAACAAACGGAAAGAGACGGUCACCUCUCAUUCGAAGAGCUGGUCGUCGAAGAACCAGAAUCUGGCCGAUAUCAAAAGUUUGAUGCAGGCGAUGGUGCAGGGGGCAGCGCGGGCAGCGUUUACGCAACACCCAGCGAACCAAAGAACGGGGUCGGAAGGGAUCCCGACAUCGGCGUCAGGAUCGGACACGGCAUCAACCACGGGACAGGCCAUGACUGGAGACAGGAAAGCUGGGGAAGCAACGGCAGCGGCCGAGUUGGGAACAAGUCCAAUAACGUCAUUACCAGAACAAAGGAACAAGCGUCACAAGCGUCACAAGCUGAAGGACAGCGCCGGCCACGGCGGCGAUGACAACGACGGUCGUUCCAGAAGCCAAGACUCUCAGUCUAAAGUCAGUGAACCCCAGACGUGCCAAGGAGAUGGGGCGGCGGCUAGUGACGAUCUGUAUCGGCUUUUCCCAGGCUUGGCACUCCCUGUCAGGUCGAUGGUGGCAGCGGGAUCAGGAGGGCCGCCCUUCGAGGUGCCGGUCGGGGUCCGGAUCGUGGUGUCAGUAGUGGUUACCUUUGUAGCGCAGUUUGUCUGUGCGUACUGGGCCUUUGUGCGGCCGGUGUUUCAUCUCGACUCGCCGCUUCACAAGAGGUACGCACGGGGACAGGCAACGCUGGGAGACGUGGUGGUUUAUGUCUUUGCGCUGAUGUUUGUCUUUUUUGCGGGCGCGGCUGUGGUGUGGGUGAUCAGGGGCACGGUUCUUGUGUGCCGUUUGGUCAGGGCGAUUAUCGGAGGAUUGGCAAUGUUGGCGGGUUUGUGAGUGAUCACAAGAUUGACCGUGUUUGAUGGUUGAGGAUUCUCGUUUGUGGAGACUUUGUUUGAAUGGGUGGAUCGUAUGGUACGAGUGCGGUGGUACAUACUUGAAGCUUCACUUCCAGACGAUAGGCACGUUGACAUGGGAAGGAUGAAGAAGAAGAGAUUGUUGCAGUAAGCAGUGCUGUCAUCACUAUCAAGUAUCGCC